ACGGCUAUUGAGACCGAAGACGUGAGUUGCCGUCUACUAACCGAGCGUAAGCGAACGUUCUACGUAGCGUAAUUGCUAUCGGCAAAACGGCUGUAUGGUGGUCACUGAUUUGCGGAUCGUUUCUUAAUCACAUUCAAAGAGAUAUGAAAUUACUUUCGUUAUCAAAAAACUGUGCUUGUUAUUUACGUAAGUGUUGAUUGUAAUGCCGAAGUAUAUUGAUUUCAAUUAGAAGUGAUUUAAGUGUAGUGGUAACGUUUCGACACUAGUACGGAGGUCUUGUGAUAGCUCGUUGUUUUAGAAACUAUUGUAAACCAGAGAAAUGCAGGCCAUAAAGUGUGUCGUCGUUGGUGAUGGUGCCGUCGGUAAGACAUGUCUGCUCAUCAGUUAUACUACAAAUGCCUUCCCCGGCGAGUACAUACCGACAGUAUUCGAUAAUUAUUCAGCAAAUGUGAUGGUCGAUGGCAAGCCAAUCAACCUCGGGCUUUGGGACACGGCUGGUCAGGAGGACUACGACAGGUUGCGACCCCUGUCCUAUCCACAGACGGACGUCUUCCUCAUAUGCUUCUCACUCGUCAACCCAGCUUCCUUCGAGAACGUUCGCGCUAAGUGGUAUCCGGAGGUGAGGCAUCAUUGUCCCUCGACUCCCAUCAUCCUGGUUGGAACGAAGCUCGACCUCCGCGAGGACAAGGACACCAUAGAGAAGCUCAAGGACAAGAAACUGGCCGCCAUCACCUACCCUCAGGGUCUCAGCAUGGCUAAGGAGAUAGGCGCGGUGAAGUACCUCGAGUGCUCCGCCCUCACGCAGAAGGGUUUGAAGACUGUGUUCGACGAGGCCAUCCGAGCUGUGCUCUGUCCGGUGCAGCCCGUCAAGGUCAAGCGGAAGUGCGUCCUGCUCUAAGGAACCUCCUCGGAUAGUGUACACACCAGUCGACGCCAGUGUAAACAUCAAAGCUAUAUGAAAUAGAGCGCACCAAACUAUCCGUCUACGUCUGUGCUGUUAAUGGACUGCAAUAUACAUACUAGUUGUUUUAUUUUUUAUUAUCUACCGUUCCACCUAACGUCAGCGUGAGUGACGUCACGCUGUAUCAUCUGUGUUUAUGACACUGACAGCUGAGUUGUCUAUGGUCCUGCAAAUGUCACAUUUGGGUGCUUCCGAUGACGCGUUCUAAACACAUUCCGUUAUUUCACCUAUCCCUCCCGCCAUAGAUUAUUUUACGUCGACUACGCAGAAGGAAAUAUUGUUUAAAAAAAUUUUUUGGUGCGUUGGUGAUUAAAAAUGUGGAAUUGUUGAAAAUUUUUGUGUUAGACAGAGAUUAUAUUUUUCGAUUUAUUGCUUUAUUUUGUUCCCAAUUGUUGUAUUUCAAUGUAAUUUGUAGGUGUCUAUAAGUACAUACAGUAUUCGCUAAAAUGUUAUUAAAUAUUCGUAUAUUACUGUGUAAUGGAUGGGAAAAGUUUUAAUAAAUAAUCAAAUGCAAUUUCUUUCACGUUAUAAUCAUUUAAUAAGCAUUUUUUAUUUAUUAAAUGUUUUAUUGCAUUUCGUUGUAACUCUUUUAAUGUUAAAAAAAGCACAAACUGUCUAAUAAUACAGAUUUUUUAGACUCGCGCAAUAGCCGACACCCGCGUACGAGCUAGAUACAUAUCGAAGCAAGCCAGAGACUGUAUGGAAUUGUUUUGUCUUUAUGGUAAUUUAUUAAUGAAUUUUCAUGUCAAGGGUGAAUAGGGAAUUAAACAAUUUUAUCAUAUGGCAAUGAUAUUGCAUCUGUCAAAUAAUAAAUAAUGCGAUAAUUUUUUUUUAUGUAUUUUUAAGUUUGAAAUGUCUUUAUAUACUUUUUUUUAACUCGUAAAUUACCAACAGAACAAUCUGUAGUCUCGUUAACAUCCGUUACUGUGUAAAGCCGCACAAUUAUUACAUUAAGCAAUUAGCCGUUCGAAUUAAAAUGUGCCAUCACACAAUGAACUGCAUACAAAAGUUACGUGUAUUUUAAUUCGACCGGGUUAACUUAGUUCUUGGGAGACAUUUUUCUCUGAAAAUGUGAUAAUGGGUUUAGGCUUUAAUUGACUGUGAACGGCCUCUGUAUUUUACCAUUAUAUUUCUUUACGCCUAAAUUUUAUUAUACGAACACUCGAUGUACUGAUGUAAUUGCUUUUAAUAUGUUAAUUAUUGUCUAAAUCCACUCCUGAAUAUUUAAGAUGUAAGUUAGUACACGUGUAUUGCGUCUGAGGUUACGUGCAAUUGUUACUGCUUCAUCAGUAAUGCCAUAGAUUUUUUUCUUUUUUACAGCCAACACCUUAGAGGGCAUAAACAAUUGCACAGUAACAUAGCGGUAAGGUUUUAUUGUAUUGUUCAGAUGAAAAUAUUUAGAAAGGACAUCCUGUAAAUAACUGUAAUGUUAGUAUUAAAUAAUAUAAGUGUUGCCAUCUUGGUGAUGCAUUUUUUAUAACUAGACAACAUUUAUAGGCGCUUCGAACGCAUUUUUAUAUAAGUUAAAAAGUGUAUUUGCUAUCGUAAAUAAAGGAAUUAUUACUUUAAAUUAAUCAAUACCUUUUUCCUUACUACCUGCGCUAACUAGUACCUACAUUCGGUUUAGUGAGUCAUUAAAUUUAAUAUCGAACAUAUUUUUGUAUGACUGAAAUAUAUAUUUACGGAUAUGGAAACUUUUGUCAUUUUAUGAGAAUAAAUUAAAUAUAAAACCUUCUUACCCUUUCACAUUAAGAAAUAAAAAAAAAAAAUAUUUUGAAAAUAGAACACGUCAUACUUUAUUGGACGAGCGACCAACAAAGUAUAUUAUUUUUGUAUAAUCUAUGUUAGCGCGCGGCCGUGUGAUGCGAGUAUCGCGAGGUCGUCUAGGGAUCCACGUUUAUUGGUGUUAGCUUAUUUUUAUCGUUACUAAUGUAUUGUGUCCGCUUAAACAGCUUGUAUUAAUUUUAUGUAACACGGGAAACGCUGAACUACCGACGUGUCAAAUUCUUCCAAAUAUUGUGAAGCCUCCGAGUAAUUCGAAAUAUAUUUAUAUUAACUGUUCA